AUGACAAAGCGUUGCCUCCAACGCCAUUGGCCCAGCGACGACCAAGGUUGGUCGGAAGUCACUGGUUACGACCGUCACUCCCUUCAUGCUCCACCGUUCUGCUGCUAUGUCUGCUCGUUCCCGCCGUCACGUCGCUUGCCCCGAAGCCCAAGCGAGACCUCUGCGACCUGUCCAACGGGGCGUGGAUACGCUCGCCUAAACGCUUCCCCCCGCUACACCACUAUCGCCGGCCAUCCGAAAUCGUGUCCGUUCGCGCGGUCGUCGUACGCGUGCGAGCGCAACAACCGGCCCGACCUGCAGUACCGCGAGUACCGGUGGCAGCCGUUCGACUGCCCGAUCAGCUACUUCUCCGUGUCUGGCUUCCGCUUUCUCAUGCGCGAUCGGCGCAUGCUACUGGUGGGCGACUCUAUGAUGUCGAACCUCUUCGAGGCGCUGCUCUGCUCCAUCAGCAGCGCGGGCUACGACGGACAGCCCUUUAGGCGCAAGACGAAAGGCGAUUUCAGCAUCAAGGGAGUGCGCUUUCCAGCCUUCUCCUUCUCCCUAGAGUACUACUUCUCGCCCUACAUUGUGCGCACCAGUCGCCGCAACACAGCCACGGGGAAAGACGCGAACAAGGGCGGGCACGGGUUUGACGUGUACGUGGAUGAGAUGGACCCGGUGCUGGAGCACGUGCUCGCGAAUUACAGCGCCGUCGUCUUCCACUCGGGGGUCUGGUGGCUGCAAAACGUCCCUCGCCGCACCGUUCCCAACAGCUUCUUCGUGGGCGGGCAGCGGCGGAAUCUGAGUAACAUCGCCGCACACACGUGGGCCCUAUCCACGGUUCUCUCCUAUGUCAAGCAAAUAGACUACUCGGGAGUCCCAUUCUUCCUCUCCUUCUCCCCAAAGCAUGCGGGCGCUGGUCAAACACAACCUGGGGUUGAGCAAAGUGAUGGAGCCUCAUGGGUGGGUGCCUGUGGUGCUCGCGUGCCUGCUUCAAGCAGCUUUGUGCACUCAAGGGGCAAGGAGAGUCGCCCUUUUCUGGGGACUGCACACAUUGGUGCUUGCCAGGCAUACCAGAUAUGUGGGUAG